AUGAUGGUCAACGUGUUAGGAUCGAACCCCUCCCAGGCAUCGGGCAGAGGCGCUGUUUCUACACGCCGGAAUAACGAGACCGGAGACGCACAGGGGCCGCCCAAAAAACAAAGGAGACAACGGCCCUCUCUCAGCUGCGCAGAAUGUCGCCGGCUGAAAAUGAAAUGCGACCGCCAGGUGCCAUGCUCCAAUUGUGUCCGUCGACGCCGGGCCCCGUUCUGUAAUCCGGGGAUAACCGGCCAAACACCGCCACGCAGAGAGUCUGAGGUGCACCAAAGACCGCGCCAGGCUGCUGGGCAUGAUCAGCCCUCGCAAUCCCCGGACGGAAUUACUCGCCUUUCACCUGCGACCCAUGAAUCUGGCCCUCACCACAUACAACGAUGGGAUGUGCUACCCCAACAUGGCCUCCCUCAGCAUCACAAUCAUGGCCAAGCUAUUGUCGCUGCGCCGGGCUCCGCGGACGCUCGGGGUCGGAACUUGGGGCCGCAGCAGAGCGGCAGACGGGAUGAACAACUCGCCCUCCUCGCCCAUGUGCUACAGUCAGACUCUUUGCAGAAUUCUCCUUCGAUGGCCACAAGCCGAAUUCCUCUGGCUGACCACAGUGUAAGCAAGGAUACUGGAUUGCAGAACUCCGUCGCACAGCCCGUCGGGGUUGGCGAACAGAGCGGCUCCUAUGGCACAUUGAUGUUGGGUAAGGGAGGUCGGUCAAAAUACUUGGGACCGACCGCGGGCAGUAAAUGGUUGAAAGAAUCCGAAACACAAGACAUAUCAGACAGUCCGCCGGUUACUCGCGCUCCUUCUCCCAAAAUAGCCCAAGAGCCGGUUCGAUCUCGACCUGGUCGGUUAACGCCCGGUACUGCUCCCAUCGCCUUUCCUUUCAACGUUGCAGCCUCCCACGUCAGUACUCGCGAACUGCUCUCCCGCCUGCCGCCAAGGGAGGAGGCGGAGACAUUGGUUGCGUCGUACUAUCGCUACUGUGCUUGGCAUCAUGAUGUGGCUCCCAGAGCCACUUUCGACAAGACAUUUGACCGAGUCUACGCAAGUUCAAGCGGGACGUCUUUAUCCCCAAACGUCAAUCCACAGGAGAUUGCACUCGUGUUCAUUAUCCUGGCUCAAGGAACCAUGUUCAAUAUUGAGAUGCCCAACUACGAUCCAUCUACCGAAGACUGGCUACACCUUUCGGAGCUGGCUCUGGUCAAGGGACGCUUCCUCUCAAAUAACAUGGUAGCCGGUCUCCAGACCCUAGAACCCCCUCGUUGCGUGAUUCUUCAUGCUGAAAAUUGGAGUAGACAACUGGAUAAAGGCGGAAGAGGUGACAAUUCCUGGCCUCUUUGGGGAUUGGUCAUGCGUUUAGUCCAAGCGAUGGGUAUGCACCGGGACGGUACCCGCUGGAACCUCUCUCAAGAUGUGAUUCAAGAAAGACGCAAGGUUUUCUGGGAGCUGAAUGCUGCCGAUACUUUCCAGGCACAUUGCUUUUCGAGGCCGUACAGAACCCCCCCCCCCCCCCCCCCCCGGCCUCAUUGCGACGUCGAAUUCCCCGCCGAGCCGCUGCAUGCAAGUCGCGAGAAGAGCUAUUCCAGACUACGAUUUGAGCUAUCUCAGCUUUCUUCCGAGAUCCUCAAUAUGGCCAUGAAAGUACGGAAACCACCGUACUCUGCUGUCACUGAUCUAGAUGUUAGGCUGGCCGACUUUGAACGCAACCUUCCCUUCUCCCUUCGUUGUCGAGCAGCGUUCCUAUCCAUGCCCUCUCGGUACCCCCACGUCCAGGCGGCAAUCGAGGCAUCACCAGAACCAUCUCCAAGGUCAAUGACCAUCUCUUUCCAGCAGCAAAGUAAUCUUGCACUUAACAUAUCUGAGACGAUAAUCAACCUGCAUCGGCCUUAUUAUGCUAAAGCGCUCUACGACAUCAACGAACGUACCAAAUCCAUAUAUGCGCCCUCAUUUCUCACAGUGAUCGAGCGUUGCGGGAUUAUCAUUGCUAUUGUUGAUGACAUUCAUACCCGUUUCCCCGCGGUCAGCACUAGACAAUGGAACUUCUGGGUAGGUCAAUCUACUCCUUUCCACGGCGCCAACACUCCGAGAUACUGCCGUAAUCUGCAGUGGCUUUCGAAACUGCGCGCUCGGGCAUCGUCCAAGAUUGCCACAGUGUCUACCGCCACCCAACAGGUUGACUCGCAGCGAGACCAAGGCGAUCCGGACGGACAGGAAAUUGGUCGGGAAGACAGAGAGGAUAGUGAGGAUGUUGAGUUACUCGGUUGGCGGACUAGGUUGAUUGAACGGGCUGGUCAAGGUCGUCCGACUAUCCGCACUAUUCAGCUUGCUGAGACGCCGACCGAUGCUUAUGAGAGCUUAAAUGUCUCGAACGCAUCGCCGCAUGGGCAUCCUCAAGGUGAGUUGGGAAUAGGCAAUAAUAUCAUGAUGCCGGGCUCAUCCCUUCCUAUGGUGACCCCCGACUCGACAAACGAUCUCUUACAAGACUUUUGGGAUCCAAUGCUGCUACAGGAUAUAUUGGGAGGCAUUCCAGUGGAGUAG